AUGUACCGGGCGGCGGCGGCGGCCAUUUCCAGGUCCUCCUCCUCCUCGGCGCUGCGGAGGCAGCUCGCCCGCGGGGCCGGCGGCGGCGGCGGCGGCGGGGGCGAGCAGCGGCAGUGGGCGCGCGGGUACGCGGCGAAGGAGAUCACCUUCGGCGCCGACGCCCGCGCCGCCAUGCUGCGGGGCGUCAACGACCUCGCGGACGCCGUCAAGGUCACCAUGGGGCCCAAGGGGCGCAAUGUGAUUAUCGAGAGACCGAACAGAUCUCCCAAGGUCACCAAGGACGGGGUCACCGUCGCCAAGAGCAUAGAGUUCAAGGACAGCGCCAAGAACGUCGGGGCCAACCUGGUGAAGCAGGUCGCUGAUGCCACUAACAAGGUCGCUGGAGAUGGUACCACUUGCGCCACUGUGCUUACACAGGCUAUUCUCACGGAAGGGUGCAAAGCUGUGGCAGCUGGAGUCAAUGUUAUGGACUUGCGUAAAGGUAUGAACAAGGCCAUAGAUGCUGUCAUUGCUCACCUCAAAAGUAAAGCAUGGAUGAUUGAUUCCCCAGAGGAAAUAAACCAGGUAGCUACCAUUUCUGCAAAUGGUGAAAAGGAAAUUGGAGAUCUGAUAUCAAAAGCGAUGGGGAUAGUUGGAAAGGAUGGAGUCAUUACCAUUGUUGAUGGCAAAACUUUGGACAACGAGUUGGAAGCAGUACAGGGAAUGAAGCUGUCAAGAGGUUACAUAUCUCCUUACUUUGUGACUGAUCAGAAGACUCAGAAAUGUGAGAUGGAAAAUCCUCUGAUCCUUAUUCAUGACAAGAAAAUUGCAAACAUGAAUUCACUUCUUCCAGUAUUGCAAAUUUCCAUCCAGAAAAAGAAACCUCUUCUCAUUUUUGCUGAUGUAGAGGGAGAAGCUCUAUCAAUGCUUGUACUGAACAAGCAUCGUGCUGGACUAAAGAUAUGUGCUGUCAAAGCUCCUGGAUUUGGUGAAAACAGAAAGGCCAACCUGGAUGAUUUGGCUGUUUUGACAGGAGGGCAGGUUGUUAGUGAGGACCAAGGUCUUGAUCUCAGUAAAGUGGAAUUACAGAUGCUAGGCACAGCUAAGAAGGUUACCAUAUCUCUUGAUGAUACUAUCAUUCUAGAUGGUGGAGGUGACAAGCUACAGAUAGAAGAGAGGUGUCAACAGCUUAGAGAAUCAUUUGAGGACAGCACCGCUGUGUUUGACAAAGAAAAGGCUCAAGAGCGUUUAGCAAAGUUAUCUGGAGGUGUUGCUGUCCUCAAGAUUGGUGGAGCUAGUGAAGCUGAAGUUGGUGAGAAAAAAGAUAGGGUAACAGAUGCUCUAAAUGCUGCAAGAGCUGCUGUGAAGGAGGGUAUUGUUCCAGGUGGUGGAGUUGCCCUUUUAUAUGCCACCAAGGAGCUUGACAAGAUUAGCACAUCACAUGAGGAUGAAAAGAUUGGAGUUCAAAUAAUCAAGAAUGCUUUGAAGGCCCCCUUGAUGACCAUAGCUGCAAAUGCUGGCGUUGAUGGUUCUGUAGUUGUUGGGAAGCUACUGGAACAAGAUAACCUUAGCUUGGGAUAUGAUGCAGCGAAAGCGGAGUAUGUUGACAUGAUCAAGGCUGGUAUCAUUGACCCUGUAAAAGUGAUCCGAACUGCACUUCAAGAUGCAGCAAGCGUUUCUCUGUUGAUGGUAACCACUGAGGCUGCAGUUGCUGAGCUGCCUGCGACAACAGCCAGAAUCGCCAGUCGUAUGCCAGAUAUGAGCGGAAUGGGUUUCUGAGGACAGUUCGACAUGAUAUCUGACUUACCCCUUUUUGGUUGAAGACAUUGCUGGAUGAUAAACUUAACACCCCCGGCAUGUACAUGAACAGAAAUUCCUGUUCCUGUCAGAUGAGAGGUGCAAAGCUGGCACCUAUUUUGAUAUCUGAACUUAUGGUUCAGUGCUGAUGUAACCGUAACUAAAUUCAGAGCCCUUUGAUUUAGGGUCGAAAUUUAAAUGAACUCAGAGAA